AUGGCUUCCCACAAAGAUGUCGAUGUUCCCACCUACGAUGGCCUAAAGCUCAAGGGAACUUUGUUCUCUGUCGGUCAGAAAAAGCCUUGCAUUAUCAUGUCAAGCGGUUGGUCCGGACUGCGAUCCCAUUUUCUGCCCGAAUUUGCAGCACGAUUUAAUAAGGCUGGUUAUGGUGUUCUGACCUACGAUAACCGGUGCUGGGGAGAGAGCGAGGGUCUUCCUCGGGAGCAAGUCGAUCCGACCUUGCAAACACGCGAUUAUUUCGACGUGUUCAACUUUGCGGUCACUCAGCCUGAAGUAGACCCUACAAAAAUCGUCUACUGGGGGUCCAGUAUGUCUGGAGGAAACGCCAUCUGCGCAGCAGCUGUGAAUCAUAAUAUCGCCGGCGUCAUCUUGCAAGUCCCCUUCAUCUCAGGCGAAUGGAUCUCUCGCAUGCCAGGGGCGUCGACAAGCUUACUCCUCGGUGAAAGAGCCAAGGCCACAGCGGAAGGAUCCCCAUCCAAGAUCCCCAACUUCCCCAGUUCUCUUGAUGAGCUGAAGACCGGCGCGUCCCAAGCUGUUCUCAAAGACCCAGAGUCGAUCCCGUUUAUUGGUGAAAUGGAACGGCGAGGACUUGAUUGGUCCAAGACGUGUACGGUGCAGAGUCUGACCUACGCUCUACUUCACGAGCCACUGGCUUAUAUCCAUCGUAUCUCGCCGACGCCCAUGUUGAUGAUUGUGGCUGAUCAGGAUGUUACAACACAGCCCCAUUUGCAGCUUGAGGCUUUCAAUAAGGCACUUGAACCAAAGAAGCUUGUGGUUCUCAAGGGUAUGGGUCAUUUCUCGCCUUACUUUGGCACGCCCUUUGAGGAAAACGUUCAGGCCCAAAUUGCUUAUCUUGAUGAACUCUUUGCGUGA